AUGUCAUUUAGAUCAGUUAGAUCCAUUUCUUAUAGAGCUCCUAAAUCUCCAAACACCGAGUUCACUAUCGUCGCAAUGGCUCCAAAAGGUGGAAUCUCAGACAAUUCUGCGUUGAAGAAGCUUAAAGCUAGCCAAGAACUCGAAAAAAACACAUGACAAGGCAUCUCUGUAGAAACUGUUGGAAAACCCGGACAAGGUUUGCAUGCACAGAGAGGAACAUCUACGAAAUUUUUGAAAUCGCAUGAAGUCUUAUGUAGACAAAAGCUUGAUGAAUUUAAAAAAGAAAAAGACCAUAGACCAUUAUUAGUAUUAUUUAUGCCAGUGAGUGACCAUCAGUUAGUUAAAAGUGCUCUACCUCAAAAUUCGUACUCCAAAGGGAACUUUUUGCAGCCUCACGAAUUGCUAUAUAAAAUAUAUAAAACUGAUGCGAAACUUGUAAGAUCUAUAUUUGAAGCAUCAGGAUUAUAUUAUACAGACUCUCACGAUUGAAAUAUUAUGUGGAUAGGAUCAAGUGCCAAACCAUAUUUAUACGAAGGAUUAAAUGAGUAUCAAAGAAUCAGCCAUUUUCCCAAUUCUUUUGAAUUAACAAGAAAAGACAGGAUGUGCGCAAACAUUGUCGCAAUGCAGAAAAAAUUCGGAAAAGAAGCUUUUGAUUUUAUUCCUGAUACUUUUAUUCUCCCAGACGAAUAUUCAGAUUUCUACAAUCAUUUUUACCGAAAUAAAAGCUCACAAUGAAUAUUAAAACCCUCUGCAAGCUCAAGAGGUCGAGGAAUUUAUCUGAUAGAAAGCAUUGAUGACGUCCCCACUGACGAAUCUUGCAUUAUUUCUCAAUAUAUCCAGAAUCCACUCCUUAUUAAUGGCUUAAAAUUCGAUAUCAGACUUUAUGUGUUAAUUACAAGUAUUGAGCCAUUAAAAAUCUACAUAUAUGAAGAAGGGCUUGCAAGAUUUGCAAGCGAGCCUUAUACGGCUGGGAACAAAAGCAACCAUUUUAUCCACCUCACAAAUUACAGUGUCAACAAAAAUAAUAAUAAAUUUGUACAAAAUAAUGACUGAAGGCAAGAUGAUGUCGGGCAUAAAUGAAGUCUGCAUGCGCUGAUGAAGCAUUUAGAAGGCAUUGGGGUCGACACUGAUUUAAUGUGAAAUAGAAUUUAUGAUUUAAUUGUAAAAGCUUUGAUCUCAGUUGAGGAAAUUAUUAUUGAUAACAGCAGGAAACUUGGGGUACAUCGAAAUAAUUGUUUUGAUUUAUUUGGGUUUGACGUUUUAAUUGACUCAAAUUUGAAGCCAUGGCUGCUUGAGGUAAACCUCACUCCAUCAUUGGCUACAGAUGCACCUUUAGAUUUGCAUAUUAAAGGAAAUUUAAUAGCUGACACUUUUAAUUUGAUAGGCUUAAGAGCUUACAACAGGAAAAAGGAAUGCCCAAGUAAAUUAAGGUCGAGAAUAAGGUUUAAGCAAAACCAAUGCUUUGGUGUCCAAACAAGAGGGUUAAGCAGCCAGUCAAAUAGAAUCCAAUCUCCUGAUAUCAAUAAAAGAGAAAUAAAUAAAAAAUCCAAACUGAAAGAAAUUUUAAAAGAAACUUUAGAAGAAUGAGAUAGGAGAGGAGGAUUUUUAAGAAUUUAUCCAUCAAAAGACUCUGAUGCUUACGAUCAAUUUUUUGGUACAGUAAGACCUAUAAAUAAAGCUUUGUAUAAGGCUCUUUAUAAAGAAUUUUCUGCUCCAGAUAUCCCAAUAUCAACGUCAGCUAAAAAUUUGGAUCGUCCUAAAACAUCAUUAGUAAAAAGCAAUACUUUUAUGGAGCAAAGCAGCAAGAUAAUUUUUAAUGAGCAAGCUUUAGAUGUGUCGAAUUCUCCUCCAAAUAAAAAUAUAAAUACUAUUGCAGACCAUACUACUUUGGUUAGAUCAAAAACCCAUAUCCCAGAGACUCUUUCAUUUUAUUCAUAUCCUAACAAACAAAGUCAAAAGGAUAAUAUAACAAUUACUGGUGAUGACAUAUUGAUUUGCUAUGUUUCACGGAUUAUUGAACUUAUAAGACCGCUUUCUGAAGAAAAGCUUAAUCUCUUAUAUAAGAAAUAUUUUUUUUCUAUUUUUUAAAUUUUGCCUUGUGCAAUUAUUCUAAAUUUUUAAAAUUAAGAGCUAGAAAAACAUGGAAAAAAUCAAUUGAAAAAUUUAUCUGCCACAACACGUGGGAAAAUUCUGAAAUUAAUGCAGCAUGAAGUCUAUGCCAAAAACUAGAAAGCAGGCUACUUGAAAUGAAAGAAUUAAAGAGAAAAACCAUUUUCCGAGCAUCUUCACCUCAAGAGCAUCCUGAAGCUGAAAUGCUUGAAGAUAUCAGAGCUCACACAAUCGAGAAAUACUCAGUCACCCAAAUGGAAGGAAUCUUAAAAAGCUCACCCCUAAAGCUCGUUUCUUGCAUCGUUGGAAGAGAACGAGGGCUCCUCAGUGAUAUCACCAGCAGCCUUUCAAAAAUAAAAACACAAGAUGGCUUUUACGCAGAAGCAGAAUCAGACGGCGAAAACUUUUCAAAAUGCCUCGAAAUCCUAAACUCCCACUCAAAGCCUCCCUCAACAAAAGGCUUAUUUUCAAUCCACCGCAAGUCUUCUCUUCCUUAUGCCCGUCCUCAUACAACAAGUAAAUUUAGAGUAGUAUAA